GGCAAAAGAAGACCUCUGAGUAAAUUAUUAAUAAGCAGAAUUAGCCCUUUCUCCAAUCAGCUCUAUUCCUGGGUCUUCAGGAAAUAGGGUAAAACAAUCAGGGUGAAAUCAGAGUCUCUCAGGGUCAAACUUCGUUCCAAUUGUGAUGAAAGCAACUAGAGUCAGGGCUAUCAGGGGCUGUGACAGAUUAGCAGUGGUCUGUCUUCAAUGAGCAUGUGCUCAAGCUAACAUGGAUACCAUCUUGGUCUUCAGCCUAAUCAUUGCAUACUAUGAUGCCAACAAGAAAGUUCCCCUCCUCCCCCGCUGCUCUCCCCCAGACCUCAGAGAUAGCAGUUGCCAAGUGGAACAGCUGCCUGGGCUCUUCCCAAAGGACGUGAGAAGCAUCAAAGAAUUGCAAAUGCAAGAAACUCACACAGAAACCAAAAGGCCAACAUUCAUCCAAAAUCAGACUGUAGCUACCCUGCAGUGCCUUGGGUCUGGCAGCAAAGUAAAAGUCAACCUUGUAUAUUUGGAGAGAAGGCUAAAGGUCAAGCAUAUUCUGAAGAACCUGCGAAUCAUUGCCGCUCCCCACAGAAACAGCUCUGCCUCCUCAAGCUGUCACCUAGUCCCCACAUCCAUGUUUCAGACUGGAUCUCUUCUAACAGGCAAAGCUUUUUUACCAGGGAUCUCGCAAUGUAAAGUCUAUCCAGUGAUGAGGGCUUCAUCAGAGACUUUUUCUACCACUACCCCUUCCAUAACUUCUGGGAAUAAAGAAGGAGAGAAAACUACAAGUACUGACACAGAUGAGAACCUAGAGAAGAGAAAGAAAUGGAGUAUUGUGGUCAAAAUUCUGAUUGCUGUCACCCUGUUGAUCAGUGGAAUCGCCAUUAUAGUAUUUAUAAUUUUUGAAGUCCCAUGCCCUGGUCAAUGCCUACGAGCUAGGGAGCUGUGCCAAUGCCAGUGGCUGUGGAGAUGGGAAAGGAAGCAAGGCCAGCCACCUGUGACAGAUGAAUUCAAGCCUGAUUCUCAGCCACAGAAGGUUGGACAAGAUGCUGCCAACUCAUUGAACCCAAAGAAAGCUGCAGGGAUCACUGUUAUCCACCAGACAUACUUCUGAAAAGUUCUGCUGUCUCACACAUUGAAUGAAUGAUACUACACAGUCUUCUCCCUAUUAAUAUGGGCAGAUUCUUGCCAAUUUUACACUCAUAUCUUCAGCAGGGACACUACAAUCAAACAGCACUUCCUGGUUAAUGAAGGGAGAGCAUGGGCUUAGCAGAGUUACCCUUAUGCUCCUGUGUGAGCCACAGCCUUCUGUAAUUCACUUCAUACAGCCAUCAAAAUGGAUAUCUUCCCAUCCCCUCAAAUGAGAACAAAAAGCCUUCCCUCCAAGCACUAUGAAUGAACCUUAUUGCUCUCAUUGACAGAUGACUCAAAGACAGCCUUCAAGGAACAAGGCAGCUGUUAGUGUGACACAGCUUCCAACUCCUUUGUUAUCUUAGCUGACUUCAUGCUCACUGGCUCUCAACUAGCUUACAGUAGGACUCCUGCUCUCUCUGGUUGACGUUUAUAAGAUUUUAUAGUUUCUGCCACUACAGGUACCUAUCAACACACUGCUGAAGGGAACUUGACCCUGAACAUUCCAAAAGUCUUCCUCAUAAGUUAUCCCCAAGGGGUUCAGGGACUACAGACCAUUAGUAGCCAAGUGAAGUAUUCUGACCAUCCAGAAUUCUUAAAGUGGCUCUGACAUUAUAUCAUACUUUAAUAGAGAGCUGCAUACCGUUUGGACAAGGGUUCCAGAGCAAAAUAACUAUGAUGAUGCUGUUUCUCACAGGAGCAUAGUUAUGAGUCAAAUCUAACCUGCUUCAGUAAGAGUUUGGUGAGAAAGUGGAACCAGCUGAUCUUGAAUCAAUGUUCAGAUGAAAAAGGAAAUGUCAGGAGGGAUAAGACAGGGUGAAGCCCUGCUUCUUUUCCUGAGUCUGAAACCGUUUCAUUUCAUUUUGGUAAAAUGUAUCUGUUUCGAAGUAAUUUUGUUUUCUUAGUUCUCUGGUUAAAAAAAAAAAAAAUAUAUAUAUAUAUAUAUAUAUAUAUAUAUAUAUAUGUAUAAACUGUAUCCUUCUUUCUUUUGCUUCAAGUGCUAUCCAAAAAGUGAUUAUCAAAACAAUACCAACAGGAGAAAAUCUCACUCUAAGGCUCUAUUUAGUAUUCAAGUUCAGGCCAGGUGCGGUGGCUCAUGCCUGUAAUCCCAGCACUUUGGGAAGCCGAGGCAAGUGGAUCACGAGGUCAAGAGAUCGAGAUAUCUUGAUCUCGAGAUCUCUUUCACCAACAUGGUGAAAACCCAUCUCUACUAAAAAAUACAAAAAUUAGCUGGGCUUGGUGGCGCAUGCCUGUAGUCUCAGCUAUUCAGGAGGCUGAGGCAGAAGAAUCACUUGAACUGGGAGGCGGAGGUUGCAGUGAGCCAAGAUUGUGCCACUGCACUCCAGCCUGGUGUCAGAGUAAGACUCCAUCUCAAAUAAAAAAAAUUCAAGUUCAGCCUGGAAGAGACAGAACAGAUAUAAAGCAUGGAUAAUGAGGACAUGUUUCAAAAGUCCCUAAAGAACCCCUGGGCCAAGAGUGGUGGCUCAUGCAUGUAAUCCCAGCACUUUGGGAGGCCAAGGUGGGUGGAUCAUCUGAGGUCAGAAGUUUGAGACCAGGCUGGCCAAAAUGGUGAAACCGUGUUUCUACUAAAAAUACAAAAAUUAGCUGGGCAUGGUGGAGGGUGCCUGUAAUCUCAGCUACUGGGGAGGCUGAAGCAGGAGAAUUCCUUGAACCCCAGGAGGCAUAGGUUGCAGUGAGCAGAGAUCGCACCAUUGCACUCCAGCCUGGGCAACAAGAGCAAAACUCCAUCUCAAAAAAAAAAAAGAACCUCUAAAUUUCCAUUGAAAAUAUGAUAGAUAAAGAAGAAAGAGCACUGAGGUUGGCAUUUGGACGGAUGAGUAUAUUAUUUGCAUCCUGCCUCUGAUCCACAAUGUUGCCUCAAGUUUAUUUUGCCAUUUAUGACUUAGUUUGACCAUAAAAUAGAAAGAAAGAAAAAAAUGCCUGCUCUUUCCCAAGACCACUGGUGAGGAUGAUUAAAAGCAUUAUAUACUUAGAAGCUCUUGAUCCAAAACUAAUGCCUACAUGCAUCCUCAUCCUUCCCAACCUCAUCCACCGCUGAAUGUCCCUUAAUCCUGAAACACAAGAUUUCCCAGGAGAUAAAACCUAUGGCAAAGUCUACACUCAUCAACUCGUCUGCAAGAGUGUAAUUGGAGGCUGGGCAUGGUGGCUCAAGCCUGUAAUCCUAGCACUUUGGGAGGCUGAGGCAGGCAGAUGGCUUGAGGCCAGGAGUUUGAGACCAGCCUGAACAUCAUGGUGAAACCCUGUCUCUACUAAAAAUACAAAAAUUAACCAGGCAUAGUGGUGGGUGCCUGUAAUCCCAGCUACUCCAGAGAGUGAGGCAUGAGAAUUGCUUAACCUGAGAUUGUACCAUUGCACUCCAGCCUGGGUGACAGAGAAAAAAAAAAAAAAAAAAAAAAAAAAAAGUAUAAUUUGGGUAACAUUUGUACAUUUGUAGUGACUUUACAGAAAUUAACAGACAGAAUCAAAAUUAUUUUGCUUUGGGGACAAUUUGUUUUCCCUGACAAAGAAAGACCUUUCUGAGGAUUUUCUGACUCCCUAAUCAGUUAAAAACUUCAAGUCCCAUAUUCCCUUGCAAGUGAAGAUCUUUAAAAACAGAGAUGAGAGAGAUGGCAGAGGAGAAAGAACUCCUGUGUGGGCUUCGGGAUGUGGACUUAAAUCUGCACAUGGCACCAUUUCUAGUGUCACCAUUAUAGACCAAGUUAUACACAACUUGAUAAAACACUGUUUCUGUGGAAGUGUCGAUUAUUCAUGUAAAAUUAUUCGCUGAUUCUUUUUUUUUUUUUUUUUUUUGAGAUGGAGUUUCACACUGUCGCCCAGGCUCUAGUGCACUGGUGUGAUCUCAAUUUACUGUUAACCUCUGCCUCCUGAGUUUGAGCAAUUCUCCUGCCUCAGUCUGAGUAACUGGGAUUACAGGUGUGCACCAGCACUGCCUGGCUAAUUUUUGUAUUUUUAGUAGAGACAGGGUUUCACCAUAUUGGUCAGGCUGGUCUCGAACUCCUGACCUCAAGUGAUCCAACCACCUUGGCCUACCAAAGUGCUGGGAUUACAGGCGUGAGCCAUUGUACCUAGCCUUAUUCACUGUUUCUGUUGCAAGUUCUUUCUUAUUAACCUACUACACUUUGUUUUUAUAAUUAUUAACAUACAUUCUCAUUAUAAAAAAUUUUAGAAAAUUCUCAAAAGUAGGGCCGGGCGCAGUGGCUCAUGCCUAUAAUCCCAGCACUUUGGGAGGCUGAGG